AUAAAAUCCCACAUCAGCUACCAAUUCCAUAACAGCCUAUCCUUCUCUUCUUGUUAUGGCUGUAUGGAUCUUGGCAGACCUGGGGCUUUUUCAGCUCCUUCCAGCCCCCAACUUCCCAAUCUGGGUUAAUAGUGCCUUGUCGAUUUCAUUUCCGAUCAAUUGGUUCGUUGGCUUCUCACGUGCAUCCGCUGGCGUAAUAUUACUCGAACUAGCUUUGCUCCCUUAAGAGGGGCUUCGAACCCAGCCUUGCAACUUUAUCUUGGUCGACGGCAUGUCUUUUCCUGAGCCGAUAUGGACCGCAUGGUUUUCAGGUUACGGCAAUUGCCUCUUGAUUUCGAUAGGUUAGACACUGUCCGACUACUCAGCACGGCCUUAGGUGUUGAGACUUCGGUCAUUCGGAUUUUCUCCCUUGCCCGCUCCGUUGAUCCAUGGCUCCCUAGCAAAGUAGCCACCUUGAUGUUCAAUGAUGCGGCUGGUGUGCAGAAUAUUCUUGAAGAGGGCGGGAACUCAAAUGUUACGAAGCGGGAUGAUGAGUGGUGUAUUGCCGUUGAUAAUAUUCGCGACGGUUUAGUCUUGGAUGCUCACUUUCGAGGCUUAACACCUUUAUAUGAUCCAGACUCUCAUGAUGCCGAUUGCAUUGCAAUAUCGGGACUUGCGAGCCACCCAUUCGGAUCUUGGCAGCCGAAAGGGCGCUCAAAGUCGUUCAUGUGGAUUCGUGAUGCAUUGCCGCAGUCAUUACGCAAUGUACGGCCUAUCCUGUACGGCUACGAUACUACUCUUGUUGAGAGCCUUUCGUUCCAGACGAUAUUCGAUCUUGCCUUGGGAUUGAUCAAUCAACUUAAGGCUAACGGGUGGACAUUGCCAACCUGCAAGCCUCUCGUCUUCCUCGCUCACAGCUUAGGGGGGAUUGUUUUGAAGCAGGCAUUCGUAUCGCUUGCGAAUAAGAUUGAGCGCGAUGACCCAAUUCGACAGGCGAUAAGAGGAGCUGUGUUUUUUGGCGUACCUAACCUGGGCAUGGCGCAGUCACAUCUCAUGGCCGUCGUGGAAGGUCAAGCUAAUAUGCAACUUGUCGAAGACCUUUCGAUUCAGUCCGACUAUCUCCAGUAUCUAGAUCAACAAUUUAGCGGCAUCUCAUAUCUUCAAGAUGCUUUACUCUACUGGUGUUAUGAGACAAAGAAGUCACCAACUGUCGCCCUAGACUCGAAUAAUAUAUGGUCAAGGACGGGGCCCAAAGAGAUAUUAGUUACUCCGGACUCUGCGACACGCGGGCUAUAUGGAGAAAACAGGCGUUCGGACUCGAUAUACCCGAUUAACGAGGACCACUCGAAUAUGGUUAAAUUCUCCGAGAAUGACUCCAACUACUCGGUAGUAGUACAAAAGUUAGCCCAGAUUCUUUUUUCGAAGAGCUCAUCUCUGGUUAAAACGAGUGGGAGAGAUACGCUUAUGCUCGAAUCGAGCAUAGUCCAGAGGAUGAUGAACCUUGAGGCAGCCCCAGUCAGGGGUCCGAGUUACGAAGCGAUUCUGAACUCGCUCUAUGUGCCCGAAGGAGACCGUCGGGUUGAAGAAAUUGAUGAUAAGUUUGAGGACACAUUCGACUGGAUCUAUGACCAACCGGACUCAGGUUUUGGCGAAUGGCUUCAGAGCGAUACUGGUCUUUUCUGGAUCAACGGGAAGCCGGGAUCCGGGAAAUCAACUUUGAUGAAGUUUAUAUGUAGGGAUCGGCGCACUUCAGAUCUGCUUUCCGACUGGAAAGGAGAAAGCAGCUAUAUUAACGUGGCUUUCUUUUUCCACUAUCGUGGAACCUCGGUACAAAAGUCCUUCGAAGGCCUUCUGAGAAACGUACUGUCCCAAAUCAUCAAGAAGAACCCAGCACUUGUCAAAUUUCUUCAGUCCUUGUUCGAUCCCGCAGAGUCUCUGCACCCGAGAAUGUGGACCUUGCCCAUUCUCCAAAAAGGGUUCCAUACCAUAAUAAGACAGAAAGAGGUGCCGCUGCAUCUUUGCUUAUUUCUAGACGCACUCGACGAAUAUGAUGGAAGACUGGAGUUCAUAUGUCAGUUUCUCUUGGAACUGGGCGAAAUUCCUCCUACGCAAACGAAAAGAAUUAAAAUAUGUUUCUCUAGCCGACCUUGGCAAAUCUUCAUCAAUGCCUUCCAAGAUUGUGCCGGGUUUCAGAUCCAUGAUUUUACACAAGAAGACAUUAGGGAUUACUGUCUUGGUUCUAUCAGGGAAGAAAGCUUAUCGUCUGUUUUACUCGAGGAUCUGGUUCCCGACAUCGUGACGCGUUCGAGGGGCGUUUUCCUAUGGGUAAAAUUCGUCGUUAAAGAUCUUGCCCAAGCUACGAGGUUCAGUACACUGAACAAGGAGGAGUUAGAGAGACUAUUGGCGUCUUAUCCAGACGAACUUAAUGCUUACUACGCCGAGAUUAUCGAACGAAUUCCACGGCCGUAUAGAUGGAAAACAUACGCUAUGCUUGAGGUUGCCGUACGCUCUAAAGAUUCAUUGGAACCUGCAAUAUUUCUAUGCGCUGUCGAAUGCUCGGAAUCCAAGACCAUCCAGGACGGCCGUGGAGCUCUCUCAAACAUACACGGGAUACAUAAUAGCGAUAACCUUAAGGACUGGACUAUGAAAGAAUCGAGAAAGUAUUGUGGCGGAUUGAUUGAAGUUGUUGAAGGAGCUUUAGGCGAAUACGUCCAGGUUCUCCACCAAACCGUAGAAGAUUUCGUAACUGACCCAAAAUUUAAGCAGCGAGUCCUAGGGAACUUAGCUAGAAUUACGAUCGAGAAUGGCAAUAACUUUCUAGCUAAAUGUUAUUUUCUCAUUUACGAGACAAAGGGUGAUCCAUUCCUCCAACACUUCCAUCUCCUGACGGCCCCGGCUACUCGGAUGCAGAUUAAGCAAGCCCUCAUCAAUGGAACCUACGCGCGUGCUGCUGAACAGGUCAGCGGCCGCAGUAUGAAAGUGUUUCUCAACAGUGUUUCAGAAAAGGUCUUCAAGAAAAUAUAUUUUGAGUCUGAAUUAAAAAUAGAGACACCACUCGAGUAUGCCGCAUCGACUGGGCUCCGCUUAUACCUUUUCGAAUCUCUUCUCGACCAUCCCGACCUUCUGCGAACUUCUAAACAUUUAUUGCUGAGCUGUGUUGUCAGAUCAACGGCCGACACCAAAGACGAAGAAAUCAAGCAAACGGUUAAGCUACUGUUGGAGAACGGGUUCACACCACAACAGGAUCCAAUGGCCUUCGGCCUUUGCGUCAUGAAGACGCUUCGAGGUGACAGUUUAGAUAGAGCAGUUGAUGACGACCUGAAUCCACUUUUACGAUCUCGUCAUGUCGACUUAAUCGAGCUCCUGCUCGAUCAUGGCCAAGAGCCCUAUGUCAGCAUUCCUACUAUCUACCGUAAAAAGAACGUUCGGAGUACGCUUUUGCAUAUAGGCCCAUUCCCGGCAGUGAAAUUACUCCUGGAAAAAGGCGCCUUUGUGGAUGCGUUAGAUUCCCUGGGAAUGACGCCCCUGGACCACUUCUGCGCAAGGAAUUCGCUGAGGGCACCAACCUGGUUCCAAGCAUAUGGGCACUAUCAGCGACAGCACUGGGAACUUUAUAAGUUGACUUGCCUCAUAACAUCUCGGGGUGGGACGAUAAAAAAUGCAAGCGCGGAGUCUUGGGAGCAGCUUUUGAGCGGAUUUUCAGUAUCGGGAUUUCCUACCGAAGACUUACGAAAAUAUAUGGCCCCUAUACUUCGGCGGCUAUCGGAGGAAUCAUCAAGGCGGUCGUUUUUUCAACGGAGUAUCAUUUCAGACAACGAGGACGAUGAAGAAUCUCAGGGAACGUUGUCUAUACAGCCCGAAGUCCAAUCCAAAUCCCAAGAAGAAGUCGUGGGCAAGACUCUGAUAGAACGGCAAGUUCGAAGCACACCAGAACCAACCCUCCGUGUACAAUCUCAGGAGAAGCAACCCCCCGUUUUGGACCAGCCACCGGAACAUCUUCCGGAGCCCGGAUUCCGGCAAUCACUGCGACAGUCACAACAGCUGCCCUCAAAGCGGUCAUUCAGGUUGAAGAUCAAGAAGUUUAUAUAUCGCCUAAUACGAUAGGAUUCUGUCUUGUCGUGAUACUAGCUCGUCUAUAAGGGCGAUCUUUCU